GCGUAACUCUGGCGACAAAUAGAAAAGCACUGAGGCGUUUCAUUAUUUUACCAUGCAUACAUUAUGAGCACCAGAAUUAUAUUAAAAUGAACCUUUCGGCAAUCAUAGCGAUUGCUGAGUGUAUCAAACCCUUCAGUCGUUAAAAUGCGGCUGGUUCUCGCCUUAUUCUCCAUUGCUGUUAUUGGCAUCGGUAACUCUUUUCAAAAGGUUUACAGUGACGCUGAGUAUCUUGAAGACAAAUGUACGAUACAUUCAACUGAUGAUUACCAUACGAGAGUGGAUAUUGAUCGCAAGAAGUUUAACUCGAAAGGUAUGCCACCUCGUUAACAAAUUGCUUGUGAUAUAUCCGAUCGACAGGAAUUACUGCAUAGUAGUUAAACAUAAUAUCAGUGUCAUGGUUACUGAUAUAAAAGUAACCCAAACUCGAUCAGAAUACAGAAUUCCCUUUACCGAUGCUACAUCAACAAAGGAUUAUAUUUGCACUUUAGAUCAUCUUCCGCUGCAAACAUUUCACCUUUGAAUUAAGUCACUUGAAUUUUAAACCUACCAUCCACAUAUCAAGGAUGUUCAACAGCUUCACAUGGACAUGCAAUUUGCUUAUGAGUCUAGAGAAUGUUUUCCGGUAAAUAAAACCUGAUGUAAUGACAUAGCUGCAUUAACCAAGAGACUCACAUAAAUCAGUGGAAAAGAACAUCCGAAGCAGUAAGCCGACUCUGAGCGGAAUUUCGUCGAUUUGACAUCUGUUGGGACACUCAGAAUUAUUUUUUCCCAAGUACUGAUGUUCGCGUAAAUGGAAAAAAUAUUACAACAGUAGGUUAGCUAUUAUGAGUUACUGCUGUCUGUAACAGCCUUUCAGCCCCUUUACUAUUGACAUUGCAAUCCCCUUGCAAUUAAAUUUUAGGAAUAGUAUCCUAUAAUUCCUAAUUUACAUAUUUUUUUCAGCCUGUGGAGCUGUUGUCAUAUGUCGUCCAAAGGAAAUGUUGAUAUCUCUUCCCAAGGCCUUGCUAGCCAGAGUUGCCCGAGAGGACCUCCGCCUGCUGGACUCUAACUGCACAGCAACAGAAAGUACCACACACUUUGUUCUUACAACAUCUCUGAUUGGAUGCGGCACAUUUAAUAGACACACUGACAGCAGUAUAAUAUACAGCAAUAAGGUUCGACAAGUGUACUCUGAGACUGCGAUCAUAACACGGUCUCCAGAAAUUCAGAUUUCUUUCAGCUGCCAUUAUGCUAGAUACGGAUUAGUGUCAACCGGUGCAAUCCGUGGUAAGGACACAGAAGACAAUUUUGAACCUGAAGAUGAUCGUUGUUGGAAAAACAGGUAACAUUGGGCAGUAAAAGCAGUCUAUGUUCGACCUUGGCUCCAAGUGGUUAGCUGCGAUGGGUUUCAAAUCUUGACGUCCCACCAAAUUUAGGCACCCCUCUGCUUCUUAACCCUUUGCACCUUAACAUCAAUAUCCAAAUUCUCCCUACUCAGGCUGUUCUUUAUACAUUUCCAAAGGUGCUGAAAGAACUGAGAAUUUGUUUAACAAUCAAGAGUUUUUACAGUGGGUGAUCGUUUCCUUUACUCUCAUAGCCUUAAUGUGUGAUCCAGGGGUGAUAUUGUAGGAGAAAUUAGAUGCUGGUCAAUCUUAGGGGUCAUAGGAGGAAGGGGGGGAUGGAUAAUGUGUAUUUCCUAUGUUUGUUUCUUUGUCUUUCACAUGAAAAUUCUUUCGGCAGCUCCUUUGCACUGCAAACAACUUUCUUUAUCAUUUUGGUGGAGGGGGAAUCUUUUUCAAUUGUUUCUUCAAAACAAGAUAAGAUGUUGCUUCAAUUUUUUAGUAAUUGCUGAAGAUUCUGAUUUCUUUGCAACAUUCCUUUGAAAAUUUAAUCCGUGGUAUAUUAAACCUGAUGAUGAAUGAAAAAAAAUGACUAUCAUAAAAAUAUUGCCUUCACCCCGUAUUGAUGUCGUCGUCUCAUAAAGAGACAUCACUACAAUUUCUGACUCUUAAUUCUCUUAUUCUUUCCUUUUUUCCCCCAGGUUUCUUUUGUAUCGUCGUUUUCCAUCGUGUCCUGUUGAAUCUACUGACAGGACCAUUGAAACAAGACUAAAGCCAUGAAUAACAACGUCAAUAACAGAGGACACAGACGCGACAACAAUGAAGAAAAGCCCGCACAUGAUCGUUCCUUACAAUUCGAUGUCCUGAUGCAAUCUAUGAAAUAAGUGCGUGAACAUCGAAAUAUACUUAGGUGAAAAAAUAAUUAAGCAAUAGUUGUUUAAGAUAAUCAGUCGACGAGCAACGCGGUAGUUUCUAAGUGGAACGUGUUAAUAGCCAGAGUUUGUUCCUGUGUCAUUGCCGUUUAUUUGCUGUAGAUAGGCCAGAAAGAAACGCCGAGCGAGUUAAUCGUUUCCCCUAAACAUCGGUAAGCAUAUGUUCCACACUGUUCUCUAUACAUUUCCUAUCUGUCGAGAGCUCCUUCAGUUGGUGUUCAUUUACUUUAUUCUCGAGACCUUAAUGUGUGAUGCAGGGGUUACAUUGUAAGGAGAAAUUAAGUUCUAGUCACUCUUAAUGAUCA